UUGUUAGAUAUUAUAUAUUUAAGCAAUGUUAUUUAUAUUUUUUUUAUAGUGUUAUUACUACGUCGUCGUCUUUAUCAUCGUAAUUAUAUCGAAAUGGUACGAUGGUUUACUGAACGGCGAUUCGGUUAUAUAUCUCAUAGUCAUAACUAUAAUAAGUAUCUUUGUCCUUUGAUAAAUGAUAAUGAAUAGGUAGACUACUAGAACUCGCCUCUCACAACACUGGGCGGCAAUGACUAAGGUGCUUGUGAUAUUAGCAUAGUAAUUAGUUGGCGAUCAGUAAAAUUAGAUAAUUUAUUGUGUAUCGCAUUUACGCUCUGGAUUGUUGAACUUUGCGGAACAAUCGCCAAGAAAAAGCACCUGUUGUCACAACGGCGUUGACUGCUGAGGUCUCAAAGUUUGGAAUCCGAAAAUAAUGUACUUCAGUGGUCUCUAGAACCACUUAACCUCCAUAAAAGUCUUCUACCAAAUUCGUUCAAAAUGGACGCGUUGGACUCGAUGAAUCCGUUGGACAUGCCAGAGGAUUUGGAUUUUGCAGGUUUUGAUGAGCUCUUGAAUAAGUACAAUGAGAAAAUGCCGGAAGUUGACACAAAACUAUUCACUGGUGAUCAUAUAUUGACAGAGUUUGAUGAUCCAAUAAAUGAUCCCUCAUUAUUGGAUUUUCCACCACUCGAUCUUUCUUUAAUUGAACCGGAUAUUCAUAUAUCACCUCCACAAGAUACUGUUUCACACAUUAUUGACACUCCAGUGAUUUCACCUUCUGCUAUGCUUAAUCCAURCCCAAAAGCACCUCCUUUGAUUAAACCUAAUCGUAAAGUUAUUCAAAAGCCAAUUAAACCAAAUCAUAUCAUAGGAAAAAAUGUUAAUAGAAAAAUAAGGUACAUUCAAAAACAUGGAAUUCAUACUCUCCUUCCAGUUAAAAAUGUUGGACAAAUUCACUUACCAUCUGAUCAAAAUAURAAACAAGUUUUUUUUAACGCACCUCUGAACACAUCACCUACAAUGGUAUAUACAUCAACAAAUGGUCAACCAAUUAUAUUAAAUAAUACUGCAUAUGUUACCACAGGUAUACCAGUUAUGAUUGAUUCAGACAUGUCAUCUAGCAAUAAUAUUGAUGUUGUGUCAAUGAAAGAUGAAAAACCACGAAGUUCACAUAAUGUUAUUGAAAGAAGAUAUCGCACAAGUAUUAAUGAUAAAAUUAUGGAAUUAAAAGAUAUGAUUCUUGGAACUGAAGCUAAACUWAAUAAAUCUGCUAUACUUAAAAAAGCUAUAGAUUAUAUUAAAUAUUUGGAAAUGGCUAAUGAAAAGUUAAAAGAUGAAAACAAAAUGUUUAAAUUAAAUAUUUCAAAAAAACUAGACCAAAGUCCUUCUACUUUAUUACAAGAAGAAUAUAAUAACCCUGGAUCACUGACACCUCCGCAAUCAUAUAUUUCCGUGUCUUCCCCAGAAAGAUCAGAAGGCGCCUCAUCACCUGAGAUUGUGAUGAAUUCUCAUUCAAUAUUGACCACUAAAUCUGGUAAGAAAGGUAUGGCUGAUCAUUCAAGAUUAGUGCUUUGCGUGUUCAUGUUUGUGGUAGUUGCAUUUAAUCCUUUUGGAAAUUUAUUGCCUAAUAGCAUUAUGUCUCCUUCUGAAUCUUGGACUGAAAAGGUCGAUGGUAGAACAAUUUUAAAUGCUAAAACAGAUUCUGAAACGGACGAUGAAACAUAUCAAAGUUAUGCUAUUAGUCUUUCCAUAUGGGCAUUAAAUAUUCUUAUGAUGAUCAUAAGUCUAACCUGUCUACUUAGUAGUGAUCCAAUGAUAUAUUCGGAUUCAGAAACUUACCAGGAAUACAUGCAAACAAGAAAACAAGCCGAAGAUAACUUGAAUAAGGGAAACAGAAAAAUCGCAGUUCUUGAACUCUCUAGAUGUUUGGAAAUUUUUGGUCGACCAAUUUUGACAAGUCGUAAGAAACUCUGGGCUUCAUUAAUAUGGCAAAUUAUCAGACAAUUUUUGCAUCAAUUCAAAGUGGUUGUAAUUUUGAAAAAAUGGAAUAAUGCUGUUUUUAAAAAUGUGACCAAUAAGCAUGAAACUUUAAAUACAGCUAAACAACUCAGUGAAAUUUAUCAUUUACUACAUAAAUUGUAUUUAAUUAGUGAAACUGAUUGUCCGUUACCUAAUGCUCAUAGGGGUAUUGGUCUAUACUUAGGACUUUGUUCAAUUAAUAUGGCUGAAGUAGCUGGACGACAAAUAAUUUCAGUUGAAACUUGUAUGCGCCUAUAUUCGACCAUUGCUCUUAAUUUUAAAACAAUCACAUUUAAAGGUGCUGGAUUUUUUACCAGAUAUUAUUUGCAUAAAGCACAAACCCAAGUGCUUAAUUAUAAUAGAUUACCUGCUAAUUUGAAUUGGCUUACAACUGACCAUGGAUUUCGAUUUUUCAUUGAUCACAAUUGGAAAUUUACUCCGAGUAAUGCUACAUCAUCAUUCACAACACUCUUUGACUGCAAUGAUCCACUAUCUCAUUUAACUAGAUCUUUCAGGGAAAAUACUUUAGAAAAAGCUUUACAGACAUUAAUAUCACCUGGGACAAGACAAAUUGUUCAAGCUGUUGGUCAUACCAAACAACCGACUGUAACUUCAGACGUUUUGCUAUAUGUACAGCGCAUUGUAGAAACUAAUUCAAUUACAAUGAAACCCAGGAUAAUUGGAAGCUCUGAAGUUAAUGUGGUAGAGGAUGAGAAAGUAGCUUGGUGGGGAGCAAUAUUUGCUGCUGGAACAUAUUGGAUAUUAGGUGAAGAAAAUGGUUUAGAUUUGCUUGAUAAACAUAUCUCCAAUGUUCCUCCAAGUUUAUUAGUUGAUCCAUUGGCACAAGCUGUACUUGCUGCCUAUGAAUGUCGAAAUAAAGUUCAUACAAUGAAACCUAGAAUUUUAGAACAUCAUUGUCAUGAAGCUAGUAAAAUAUUAUCAGAAACUUUAAUCUUAUUGCAAGCAAAUAAGCCCCAACCAAUUGUUAUAAUGACAUUGUUAUUAGCUUGUGACUGGUUAUUAGAAACAAGAAUGUUGUCAUGGCAAGAAGAGUGUAAAAAAAUGCCAGCAGGCUAUGUUAAUUUGGAAUUUUUAAACUUAAAAAGUUUCCAAGAAGAUUUAACUUCUUUACGAAAAAUUGCACAAUUUGUUCCGUUUGCUACUGCCAAAGUGUUCUUAUAUGAAGCAACUGCACGUUUAAUGGCUGGAGCUUCACCAACAAAAACUCAACAACUAUUUGAUCGCAGCUUAAGAAACAGAUCAACGCGGCAUUUUGUUAUUUGUACUAAAGGUAAAGGCGAACAAAGCACAGUUGGUUUAAGGGAGCAUGCAACUGCAUUAUUUAUGGCCUGUAAACAUUUGCCCAUGUCUCUUUUAUCACCACCUGGCAUAAGAGCAGGUAUGUUAGCCGAAGCAGCGCGUACUUUAGAAAAGAUUGGUGACCGGAAAAAUCUUAUGCAAUGUUACAAAUUAUUGAAAUCAAUAACAACCAAUUCGUCAGUCACAGAUUGAUUGUGUUUCUAUUAACAGUGUUGAUGCUUUUUAAAGAAUUUAUUGUUAUAGUUUUAAAAGUUGUCCUAAAUAUUUUUACAUUUGUUUUUUCAUUAAA